AUGAUCCAGACACGCCGGCUGGAGACGGGAUCUGCGCCGGGAAUGAUGUCACAGAAGUCGCGCCGCCAUCUGCGCAGGAAACACGACGUUCCACAUGCUGCUGAUGCUGGACAGGAAGCCGCCUCCCCCCCUGCCGGCCGCCUCCCCCCCGCACCGCAGGAGAUGAGGUCCCUCAGCUGCUUCCUGUUUCUGGCCGCUCUGCUGUGCCGAGGUGUUCAUGGGGAUUCCGCCAUCAGCCCGCGCCUGAAGCUGUCCAAUCACGAUCUGUCCCUCCACGGCCUGCGCACCUACACCCUCAACCGCUCCUGCUGCUACGACACCCUCCUGCUGGACGAGGAACGCGGGCGCCUCUUUGUGGGCGGGAAGAAUUACCUGUUGUCGCUGAGUCUGGAUGACAUCACCAGGAACGAGCUGGCGGAAGCUCCCGGGGUCGGUCAGUCUCAUUAUCUAAAGAUCAAUAUGGGAAAUGAGAUCGAUUCCUGCUCCUCUUAUCUCAAUACAAAUCUACCCGUCACGGGCUCACUGCAGUCUUUAAUGACAUCCAAACUCCACAAUGCCCCUGGAGACGAAUUAUACUCCGGAGUCGCCACGGAUCUCAUGGGACGAGACUUCACCAUCUUCCGCAGCCUGGGUCGGCGCCCGCCCCUGCGCACCGAGCAGCACGAUUCCCGCUGGCUGCGCAGAUAUAAAUAGCAGCGAGUGUGUAACAAGCCGAAGUUCGUGAAGGUUUUCUGGAUCCCCGAAAGCGAGAACCCGGACGAUGAUAAAAUCUACUUCUUCUUCCGGGAGACGCCGGUCGAGGGGCUCGGAGGCAUCAAACAGUCGUACGCUCGGAUUGGGCAGAUAUGUCGGAAUGAUGUGGGAGGUCAGCGGAGCUUAGUGAAUAAAUGGACGACAUUCCUCAAGGCGCGACUUGUCUGCAGCAUGCCGGGGAGUGAUGGCGGAGGGGACACGUACUUCGAUGAGCUCCUUUCCGUAUCUCGUGUCUCAGAGCCGAAGUUCGUGAAGGUUUUCUGGAUCCCCGAAAGCGAGAACCCGGACGAUGAUAAAAUCUACUUCUUCUUCCGGGAGACGCCGGUCGAGGGGCUCGGAGGCAUCAAACAGUCGUACGCUCGGAUUGGGCAGAUAUGUCGGAAUGAUGUGGGAGGUCAGCGGAGCUUAGUGAAUAAAUGGACGACAUUCCUCAAGGCGCGACUUGUCUGCAGCAUGCCGGGGAGUGAUGGCGGAGGGGACACGUACUUCGAUGAGCUCCGUGAUGUUUUCCUGCUGCAGACCAGGGACAGGAGGAAUCCUCUCAUCUACGCUCUCUUCUCCACCUCCAGCUCGGUGUUCCGCGGCUCGGCGAUCUGCGUCUAUACCAUGAGUGACGUCCGCAGGGCCUUCCUGGGGCCCUUUGCUCACAAGGAGGGGCCCAACUACCAAUGGGUGUCCUAUCAGGGCAGAGUGCCCUACCCCCGGCCGGGGAUGUGCCCCAGCAAAACAUUCGGCAGCUUGGAAUCCACCAAAAACUUUCCGGACGACGUCCUGCAGUUCGCCCGCAACCACCCGCUCAUGUUCAACCCCGUGGUACCGGGAUCCGGGAGGCCGAUCUUCCUGCGGAGCCACAACGGAGUCACCCUAACCCGCCUGGCCGUGGACAGGGUGACGGCCGCGGACGGGGAGUACGACGUCAUGUUCAUCGGAACAGAUGUUGGCUCGGUGCUGAAGGUGAUCUCGGUGCCCAAACACAGCUGGCACCACCGCGAGGAGCUGGUCCUGGAGGAGCUGCAAGUCUUCAAGAACGGCUCGGCGAUCACCAGCAUGCAGCUCUCCUCGAAGCGGCAACAACUGUACGUGGGAUCGGCGGUCGGCGUUGCCCAGGUGCCUCUGCAUCGCUGCGGCGUCUACGGGAAGGCCUGCGCGGAGUGUUGCCUGGCUCGGGAUCCCUACUGUGCCUGGGACGGGAGCAGCUGUACGCGGGACCUACCCAACACAAAGAGGAGGUCCCGCCGGCAGGAUGUAAGAAACGGCGACCCCAGCAGCCUGUGUUCCGGAGAGCCGCAGCGGGUGGCCGUGCAGGAGAAGCGCUUGUUCGGAGUGGAGGGAAGUACGGCCUUCCUGGAGUGUCUCCCCAAAUCCCUGCGCGCCCAGGUCACAUGGACCCAUCAGAAGUCUCCGGAGUCCCCCAGGAAAGAGGUGCAGUUUGACGAGCGCGUCAUCGGCACGGAUCGCGGGAUCCUCCUGCGCGCGGUCAUGAGGCGUGACACCGGCACCUAUCUGUGUCACUCUUCGGAACACGGCUUCACGCAGCUCCUCCUCCAGCUGAGCCUGGAGGUCAUUCCGUCAUACCGGGCAGAGGAGACCCUGGGCCCCCACCGGGUCCCACCCAUGAGGUGGUACCAGGACUUUAUGAAGCUGGUCCAACAGCCCGGCUCCAAAGGCGAGAACGUGAAAGCGAAGGCCCAGAAGUGGAAACACCUGGAGGACAAGAUCAAGGUGAGGAGCCGCCGGACGCACGGGCACCAGAGGGCCGACCGGGGCCCCCGCAGCACCACCAGUUAGGUGAGCGGGCUCCCCAAAAAGUUGUGGACUUCUGAAUUGUACAAAGGCCGGUGCGGGAGGUCCUCGGCA